AUGGAAUCUAUUGAUCAACAAAACGUUUAUUAUCCUAUUAGUUGGAUUAAAACAACAACAGAUCUAUUAUUUGGUUUUUUUUCGCAUGGAAAUAAAACAAAACGUUCAUUACCAGAAGAAGCUGAAUGUGGAACAUUAGAAGCAAUACGAGUGUGGAUUCGUGAAGGUGCGGAUGUGAAUCAACCAGACGCAUAUGGUUAUACACCACUUAUUAAUGCCAGUAUGUUGGGAAGAUUAGAUGUUGUUAAAGAAUUAAUUAGCCACCGUGCUGAUGUCAAUAAGGCAGGUCAAUUUGGAUAUACACCGUUACAUGCCGCAGCACAGGGUGGUCAUUUGGAUGUUGUACAAACACUUGUCAAUUAUGGUGCCAGUGUAAAUAAUAAAAAUGAUGAUGGGGAUAUACCAUUGAUUUUAGCUGUUCGUGGCACACAUGCCGAAAUCAUUGACUAUUUACUGAAAAGUGGUUCGGACAUUCAUUUAAAUGGUUAUUUAGAUCAUAGUGCCGUACAUACAGCCAUAGCAAAUGGUGAUCAAGCCACAGCUGAUGCACUCUUAAAUCGAGAAAUGUUGAUUGGAUGCAGUUGUUCAGAUUCGCAUAAAGCUGAACGUGAACAUUUAAGACAAGUAUCAAUAUCAACUGAAUAA